UGGAAUCCCCCUCAGAACUCUAGAUUAAACAAUGCUAUGGCAAAAAAGAUUCCGAGAAUAGCACAAAAAUAUAGUAUAUAUAAGAGAUUUGGUUUAACACUAAUCAAUACAACUGCAACAUUCUUUAUAAUCAUUAAUCAUGAUGUGCAAAUUGUUGUUGGCCACUUUGGCCGUAUAUCUAUGCCUUGAAGCAGCAUCUGCGCAACAUGCUACUGGAUUCAACCCCAAUCAAAAUCGCCAACCCCAUGCAACUGGACUUAUUGUCCCCAAUGGAUAUCAGCGCCACGCUACUGGUUUAAAUCCAGGCCGCCGAACUGGACGCGUCUACAGAGACUUAAGCAGCGCUGACACAGGGAGAAACCAUCGCAAAAUUCUGGGAGCUCAUGCUAACUCAAAUGGACCUACUCAUCCCGGACUUCCACUUGCUCCAGGCCCAGUAAUUCAUCCUCACUAAAAGACUCAAGAGACCCAAAAGCUGAUAUUAUAUCUUUUUGUUAUAGUUUACAAUUGUAAUAUAAAUUUUUAGUUGAAAAA